AUGCUUCGUCUUACAUUGACACGUCUUGUUACGACUAGUCGAGUAGCAAUUAAUUCUUCGAAAGUUAUUACUAAUCAUCAUCGUAAUUUUCUUCGAAUAUUCUCAUCACAAUCGAAUGAUAAUAUUCAUCAAUCUAAAAUUCCUUUAGCUAAUAUAAAUAAAGGAGAAGAAACUAAACGUAUGGGAAUUCAAUUUACAUGUAAAGUAUGUGAUCAUAAAUUACAAAAAACUUUUACUCGUCAAUCGUAUGAACAAGGAGUUGUAAUUAUUCGAUGUGAUUCAUGUUUAAAUCUUCAUUUAAUUGCCGAUAAUUUAGGUUGGUUUAAAGAUUUAACACAAAAUGGAAAAUUCAAAAAUGUUGCUCAAAUGCUUCAAGCAAAAGGUGAAACAAUACAUCGUGUAACUGUUGCUCCAACGAAUGAUGAGUCAACAUUAAGUGAAGAAGAAUCGAUAGAAAAAUUGCCAUUGAAUCAGAGUCCAACAGUUACCUCUUAA